AUGACAGUUACAUUAGAAACUCCAAACACUUCAUACCUUUUCCAAGCAACAGUUGAUAAGACAGGUUCUCAAGUUGUUGGUGGUAAAGGUGUACGUGUCGACAUCGAAAGAGAUGGUGUCGUGCACAAAAACAUCUUAGAUGCGAUUACAGGUGCUGCUGUUGGUGCUUUGGGUUGGGGUGAUGAAGAAGUCUACGACAUUAUUAACAAGGCGGCAAGAGAAUCUACUUACUCUUACCCAUGUUUGAUCUCAAACAAGAGUGCUGAGGAAUUAUCAAAGUUCUACAUUGAACACUCUCCAAAGGGUGUGUUCGAAUCUGCUCUAUGGACUACUUCCGGUUCAGAGAGUAACGAAAAUGCCUUGAGAAUCAUCAGACAAUACUACUUGGAAAGAGGCCUACCAAAGAAGUUGAAAUUGAUUUCCAGAGAGGACUCUUACCACGGUUUCACUUUGGGUGCCAUGGCCAUCUCGAAUAACCCAAGAAUUACCGCUUACAAGGACUACUUCAUGGACCAAAAGAAUAUUUGUUUGACAAUGCCAAGCGCAUACACAUACCGUAACAAACUAAAGGGUGAGACUGAGGAAGACUAUUCUAAGCGUCUUUUGAAGACCAUUGAAGAGCAGAUCAUUACCGAAGAUCCAGACACCAUAGCUGCUAUUAUCGUGGAAACCUUGCCAGGUUCUUCCUUAGGUACUACUCCACCACCAAAGGGUUACUUGAAGGGUAUUAGGGACUUGUGUAACAAGUAUGACAUCAUCUUUUACUUGGAUGAAGUUAUGUGUGGUACUGGUAGAAGCAACCCUAACGGAAAGUUGAACUGCUGGGAAAAUUUCUUGGCCCCUGAAGACGGCCCAGAUAUCCAAACUGUUGGUAAGACCUUGGGUUCUGGUUACGUUACUAUCGCAGGUAUCUUGAUUGGCCCAAAGAUCAAGGAAGCUUACGUGAAGGGUUCUGGCACCAUUGUCGGUGGCCACACCUACUCUUCCCAUGCUUUCAACUGUGCCGUGGCCUUGGGUAUCCAACAAAAAAUUGCUAAGGAAAACCUAACUGCCAAUGUCUUCAAGAUGGGUAACUUGAUGGGUGAGAAAUUGAAGCAAGCAUUGCUAUCUGAAGACAACAUAGCAGGUGAUGUUAGAGGUAUUGGUGGUUUCUGGUCUGUAGAACUGGUUUCUAACAGAGACACAAAGGAAGCAUUCGACCCAUCCUUAGGCAUUGCCAACAGAAUUAAGGAACAAUGCUUCCAAAAUGGCUUGAACGUCAUGGCAAUGGGAACAACUCCAACUAAAAGCUGCAGUGACCGUAUUCUCUUGGCUCCAUCCUUCAUCAUCACCGAAGCCGAUGUAGACGAAAUCGUUGAAAAACUUGUGAAGUCUGUUACUGAGCUUUCUAAGCAAUUGAAAGAAGAAGGUGUCUUCUAA